GAUAAAGAUCCACUAGAUGUCACUGUGCUCAGUUAUCGAUAAAUUAUAAUUAUUACAAAAUGGAAUGCAAGUGACCGGCUUUCUGUAACAGAAAGGAAAUCAAGAUGAGUAGGCCUAGAGCGUAUUCGAAGUCCGGGAACUCGCUGUACGAGUUGCUUGGUCUGAAGAAGGAGGCCACUCAUGAUGAAAUCAGAAAGGCUUAUAGACGGUUGGCACUGCGGUUUCACCCCGACAAAAAUCCGGACAAUCCAGAAGCAGCAGAUAAGUUUAAAGAUAUAGCCAAAGCACACACAGUUCUAACGGACACGACCAAGCGUGGAAUCUACGACAGGUAUGGCUCUAUGGGUAUCUACCUGGCCGACCAAAUUGGAGAAGAGAAUGUCAACAUGUACCUCACACUCACCAGUGGCUGGUGUAAGGCGUUGUUUGUUGUCUGUGGGCUGAUCACCGGCUGCUACUGCUGCUGUUGUUGCUGCUGCUGCUGUAACUUCUGCUGCGGAAAGUGCAGGCCGCGUGCUCCGGAUGAGGAGGGAGAGUAUGCCAACCUACAUGUAAAUAAAGAUGAGUUCAGUAGUCCUGAGGACCAAUCCCCUGUGACAUCCCAGCCCCAGGGUGGGACCGGUGCCAUCGUGAUGGGACCACCUCCAUCGGACGCAAACGAGACGACAAGCCUCAACGCGGACUCCAAGCCAACGUACGGAGUGGAUGGAAAGGAAAUUGAACCGACCAAUCAAAAUGAACAACACACGCGACAGAGGCCCCCGCUGUUUGAUGAUGACAUGGCCGACAGCUAGUUUUUGUUAUAUCUAGGUGUUUGUUUACUGUUAAGAUUGGAGAUAUGGAUGUAUGGGCGCAGUGCGUCGCCACAGAGUGACUGUUAUACAUGCUAAUAUCUCGACGUAAGAGAGACUUACUAACAUAGCAUUUAAAACUUGAACGUAGGACGUUAUCAGUUAUAUAUACAUAUGUAUUACUUAAUAAAAUGUCUGCGGACAUAUUAACAGCAUAAUCCAUCAUGAAAACUGCCAAGCAGCAAAAAGUGUUCUGAAACAGGUUGUACCAGAUCCUGGACCAAAAAUGUAUAAGCACCAAAGUCCUAGCUGGUCAUUCUGUAAAAUCCUGCCCUGUCUGAUGUGAUGUUGUGACUAACCUAGGGUCUUGAUCAACGAUGGAGACAGGAGGGCUAGGGGAGGAUCGAACUGUUUUAAAAUCUAGGGACUUUCCAAAUUAGCAAAAAUUAUUGAAAAUGAAAUUAUAAAAUAUGAAAUUAUGGAAAAUUAACGAAAAUACGAAAAAUUAUUGAGAAUAUGAAAUUAUGAAAUAUGAAAUUUGAAAUUAUAAAAGCAGCUGUCUUUCUUGUUCUUUGUUCCCUCGUAAUUCAUGGGCCAUUGAAUUGGCUCAGGACAGGAUUUUAGAGUUAAGUCAGUCCGUCAGUUGCAAGUCAGAUUAUAUAGUUGUGUUCAAGAACAAUUGAAGAUUAAGGCAAUUCUAACACUUCAAUUUUAUGACCCUUUUCUGAAGGUCAGGUUAAGGUGUUUUGUUAUAGUGGUUUGCACUGCCUCAUAUUAUUCAUAGUUCAUCAUUACAUAAUAAAUUGUUUACUGAUGGUUUUGUUUACUAAUCCAACACCUUACAAACAACAAUUAAACUAAUUCACUUUUAAUUACAAGGUAGAGUACAGGCUAACACGUUUGUUAACUAUGAGUAUAAAUACCUGAGCUCUAGUGACCAAGACUUGCUGUAUUGAAUUUUACUUAAUCUGUUCAGACCUAGUUUUUACUAAACAGUCUCUUUUCCUGUUGUAUUUCCAUUGAUGAAAGUUACUUCAGAUGUUUUUUCAUACAUCUUAUAAUUAAUAUUUCUCUUCGUAAUUUUUUUUUCUAAGGAAAUUUACAAAAUGUUCAUCAUAAAAAAUGCUAUAUAUAAGAUUUUGUACCUUUAUUUAAAAUUUCAUUGUAAACUUUGCAAAAUUAGCAAACAGUUUUGAAAUGAAGAGUAUUUGGUCAAAAUGCAAAAGCUGAUGGCAUUGUUUAAGAAAUAUUAAGCUAAACAAAUUUGAUUUAUUUUUUGUUUUAUGGGGGUGUUGCUUUGUAUAGCUUAUGAAUAGUUUUAAUGUUAAAACACUUAAAGAAUGUAGUCUUUAGUGGAGCCUAAUCGGUACAGGAAGCACCUGCCAUCUGUAUCAAAGGCUGUCUUCUUAACUUUUGAUUUCAACUUUCCUGUUUCAAGUAAGCAUGUCCAUCCUAAAUACUGUAUGCUGAUGUAUCAAUUGUUAAGAUUUGGACCAGUUUUAUUUGUUUAAUUUUUUUUUCGGGGUAAGGGGGAGGACAGGGGUGUCAGUUUGAUUGUGAUUUUAAUUUUGCAUGACUGCCAUGGUAACAUUAACGCCUUUAAAAUAUCUUGAUAUUUAACUUGAUUGACAGAUCAUUGUUAUAUUUAUUUUGGAAAAUAUUCUUGACUACGGAGUUUUAAUAGAGAAACGUCCCUAAUACUAGCAAUUCCAUUUUAUUACCAUUCCUGUGUACUGUUAAUUUUCUACUUGCUUUUGUGUGAACGACGAGUGAAAGACAGUUUGUAUGCUCCUUAUAAUCCUUUUAUUUACCGAUUUCAUUCAUAUCACGGCAACAUAUAUGUAAAGUAGUAUUUCAAAUGGAUCUCACCAAGUAUAUAAACUCCGUAGAGUUUUGGCUCAUUGAAAUACUGUUCUUUCCAAAAAAAUAUUUUCAAUUUUCUUCUUCUUAGACCAAAAAUAACCAUUUAAGUUGUUGUUGUUAUUAUUUUGAGGUGGUGAGUUUUCAUGCUGAUGUCUGAGAAAAAAUUUCACGAUACGUGUGAUGUGCUUAUUUGAAAAGUCAAGAUUAGAGGUUUUUGACAAGACAUAGUGCUUUUAUUUGAUAACUUUAUGCUUUUGGGUCAGAAAAUAAGAAAUUGAAGAUGCUGUUAUUGUUUUACGUUGGUGAGUUUUCAGGCCGAGUCUGAGAGAAAUUUCACGAUACGUGAUGCAUGUAUUGGAGAAGUCAAAUUUAGAGAGGUUUCAUGAUACACUUUAGUUAUGAAAAACUAGAGUGUUUGUACUCUGGAAGCUUGUGUGAUGCAAUGGAUUCUCAUGUGUUGAAUGCAGAAAUGUUAAAAAAUUUCCUUUAGACAUUGAAUUCCUUUUUGAGCAAAUUUAACUCAUUCACCCCUGAAGACACAUUUGAACUCUUCCAAUUCAAAGUUUGGAAUAGUUCAUUAUGGAAUUUCAGGGGUGAAUGAGUUUAACAUAAGCAAGCCUUGAUGUUUGUCAGUGUUUGAAAAUCAUGGUUCUGGCUGUGUUGCAUUAAUUUUGUUUUCUAUUCAAAAAUCUUCAUAAAUAUCAGAUUUUGAUUGAUCUUUUCUGUAUUUAUACUCUUUUUUCAUUUCGAAAUUUGUCUUUUAGAAGAAAUUUUAGCAAAUUUGCUAUAAACAUGUAUAAACAUUUACUUUGUAUAUCUGUUUUUUUCUUCUUACAAAACUCUCAUCUUGUAAAUAUUAUACAAAAUGCGUCAUUUGUGUAUGUCUCAUGUGUAUAACUGUUAAGAAUUUGAUAGUAGACUACAGAACGUCCUUCAAUGACCUUAGCUGUUAAAAUGACGUUAAACAAAUUAAAAAAACAAACCAAACAGUACCGAUGAUACUUGAAUGGUUCUACAUCGGUAAUGAUUCUCCUGAAACAGUUAACUAUCUAUUCAAGAUAAAAUCUUUAACGUAUGAUUGAAAAUAAAAUGACUUUCAAAAUAGUCAUAUGCACUUGAAUCUACAAUCCAGCUCUGGUUCUUAAACUCGUUCACCCCUGAAAUUUCAUGAUGGACUAUUCCAACCUCUGAAUUGGAAGAGUUCAAAUGUUACUUCAGGGGUGAAUGAGUUAAUGGUCAAUAUUUUUUCAUUCAUGUGUUCAAUUUUCAAAAAUGAUUUGGAAAAAAGCCAGAAUUUCUUAUUCUGGAAAUUUUCCACAAACAUCAAAGUCAUUAUGAAUUAGUAAGAUCAUGAGAAUUUGCCAAUGUGUUAUCUGUUUUGUUGUGUGUCUCCUGUGUUUAUAAUGAAAUGGAUUUAUCGUACAGUUGUAUAUUAGGAAAUGGCACUCUGUAGUAUUCAUAAGUUCCCAAAUGUUUUAAACUGGACAAAACAGAUAUUUGCUGUAUCAGAAGAUCCUAGAAUGUAUUCUUUGUUGGAUUUUCGGCAGUAGUCUGUGAUUCUGAUUUCCGUAUUUCUUGUAACAAUGUAUCGCAGUAGUCUGUGAUUGGUUGAUUUCCCCAUCACUUGUAACACUGUUUGUGAUUGGUUGAUUUCCCCAUCACUUGUAACACUGUUUCAAUGUUUGUGACAUACAUCGCACAGGCAACAGUUUCUCAAAUUAAUUGUUCUCUUCAGAUAGCACUUAUACUCUCAUCAAUAUAUGUAGUUUAAAGUAAAUCUGCCAUUUAACAAGAAAUAUUCACAAUAGCACUGCUGUUAUAUGGAAUUAUUUUGCACUCUCCCUUGAUGUAUGUAAAAACAAAAUGUAUGAGAAACCUGCUUCCACGAAUCUUCUUCAUUCCUUUUGGAGUUCUAUACUUGCCAACACUCCUGAUUUAGCAGGGAGACUCCCGAGUUUGGACUCUAAAUUUAAGCAUUUCCAACCAGUGAAUUUACUAAACUUUUCCUAUUUUCUAAGAUCUAAUGAUUUUACUGAAAGGACAGCUCAGAAUAUGCCUUUUAAAAGUGUCAUUUUUUCUCUAGAGUGUACAUUUGCACAUAUCAUCAAUGUUUUAAAUUUCGAACAUGUGUAAUCUCCCCCAUGCGAAUUUCAAAAUGUUGGCAAGUAUACUGGAUGCUUAACUCUAAGUAUAUGCUGAACUUUAAACAUAUGCUUCACUUUUGGCUAUCUACAAAAUUCUUAAUUCUCAAUUCUUAGAUUUAUCAUAAGAAUGGGUCAAUAUUUUAGGAACUUCUCAGCUAAUUAGCACCUACUUUAGUCUGAGAAUUGAGAACUGAGAACUAAAAAAUUAAGAAAUUUCGUACCAGCAGGGCCUAGUACAAAAUGAGCUUUCGAUAGUGACACUAUACCUGUACAUCAACAUGAUAAUGUCUUGUAAUAGUCGAUCAUUGAUACUUUUUCAAUAUACUCCAUGGUGAUAGAUCAGUUGUCCUAGAUUUAACCCUUUCAACACCGUAGACCAUAAUGAACUCAUCCAGAUCAAGUUAUGGUAGAGUUCAUUAAAGUUACAUGGGGUGAAAGGUUAUCAAAAUUGUGCUCUACAUUUAUUCUUAGUGCUAAUUGAUAUACAUAUAGUGUAAUAAUCUUGUCAUUAGCAAUUAAGGGCACUGAAACAUCUGUAUAGCACUAUAUAUCCUUCGCACAAUGUAAAACCACUAUACUGCUAAUUUUUAUUUUUCAAAUUUAGAAUUUCGUUCCUAAAUCUUAUUGGCGUAAUCAACAUCAAACUAAAUUCCUAUUCACUCAUGAAACUGCAACACUGUGUAACAGUAACAUCUGAAAAAAAUAACAUAUUCUUUUGAGCCUGUGAACAAAUAUUUAACAGUGGUAUAUAUAUGAUAGUAGUCCUCAUCAUGAAGUUUUUAAAUUAAAUUAUUCGAUUUUAUCUGGUGGUAUUUGAAAUGGUUAAAUGCAUUUAGAGUGAAAAAGAAUAAUUACAAAGAUAUAUUAUAUGGAUUAGAUUGCAAGUUGUUCACAGAAGUAGUGUAAAAUAAUGUUUGAUAUUGUGAAGUAGAUGAGGUAUAAUUGAUUUUUGUGUUGGAGCAAAGGUUGUGAAAUCUGCUCUUCCAAGGUACAUGAUCAUUCAAGUAUAUAAUGUACUAACACACAAUGUAUGACAUUCUAAAACAUACAAAAAAAAAUCUUCAAAAGAUUUUUUCGAAACCAGCAAUAUUUUGUACACAAAUAAAAAGCUGGUUAAAAAAAACUUGUCAAUAAUCAGUAGGUAAAAAUUGAUAACCAGGAAGUGAAAGUCCAACAUGUAUGAAAUGUAUAUAAAAAUUUGAAAUUGGAAUUUUAGACAUUAAAUGCAAAAAGACCUAGACCCUGGUUUUGGUAAAGUUAAUUUGUGAAAUAAAGAAAAUCUGUAUUAUUCCAUGCUUUUGUAUCUGAAAAAGUUAUCCAAACUAUUAGCACAGUCAAAAGUUCUAAAAAAAAAUCAUUUGAAGUUGAUUAAUGAUUUGACCACCCAAACUUCCUUGACUACAUGGAGAUACCAUUUUAAAGCGUUAUGUAACUAGUAUCUGUGUUACGCUGGGCAGUUAUAUAUAUACUUAUUACAUAUACAUGAUAGUCCAUUAUUCAUGAAUUUGUUUACCUUACAAUAAAUUGCAAUCAUCCUCAA